AUGGCGCCUGAUUACCUAGGUGCUCCUCAGCCCAAUCAUGGGUCCGGAGGAGGAGGAGUUUCCUCAUCAAGCAAUGGGAAUGUUCGGGAUCGAUCACCUUCGGAGACGUUUCGUGGUGGGAAAUGGUUCGCCCAAAAUUUCGGAGGAGGAAGUAUAUUCAAUAUGUACAAGAGAAGGAGCGAACAGGACGUCGAUUUGGUGAAUAAUCAGUCAAGCUAUUUCAGAUUUCGUCGCACCAGUACCGCUUCAGGUGAAGAUGCUGAAGCAGGUACUACUGGAAAGACGUCAGCUGGUGCUUCAAGAGAUCAUGGUAGCCCGAGUCGUGGGACAGGUGGAACAAGAGCUUCCAAGAGUAGCAAGGCUCCUGGUGGCAUAGGCGCAAAAAGAACGAACUCAGGCUUGUUGCUUUCCUCUUUGCGAAGCAGCAUAGUGAACUUUUACAAACAGGAUUCUGGACACGGGAAUGACGAUGACGAUCAUGGUGCUCAUGGACAGUCAAACGACUCGUCGUCUGCAACGAAAAAAGGGAAGCCGUGGUUUCUGCGGGAUGAAGGACACAUCCUUUACAUGGCUGGCGAUACUGUCGAUACACUAGCUUCCGCGUCUCCGAUCUCAGUGGCGCUGCAAAUCAUCCUCUCCGUUCUCAUUGGUCUUUUAGUAGGUGCCAUGUGGAGUUUGACGCUGUUUGCUAGUCGAGUUUUACCAAUCUGGUAUGAAGAGUGGGUCGUGGAAUUGGACGGCACUAAGGGAAAAGCAGAUCGGAAGUUCACCUACUACGCGAUGUGGAUGGCUCUGGCAACGCUGGUUAGCGGAACGGCUGUGGCUCUGGUACUACGUGUUUUUAGUUAAUAACUAUGACCUGAAGCAGCUGAACUUGGAGGAAUUUUAGAAGUACCUUUCUUGCCAUCUAAACCUUUCUUAUCCUACAAUUCUAUCAGGGACGCACGCUUAUUCCGCAUAUUAUCGCUGACGGCUUUAUCGCGACGAACGUGCACAUGGCUAUAUGCGCUGGGAUCCCUUCAGAAGUCAUCUAUUUGCGAGGACCCCUUUCGGCGGUGUACGCUGGAAUAGGGAGCGUGCUUGGUACCAAGAACUAGAUUUGCAGCUUUGAUGUUAUAUUCAAUUGUUCAAUUAAUAUGUUGCUUGAAAUUGUUUUACAACCAGAAUCGUGCAUAUUUUCAACAGCUAAGUCAAACUUUCGACAAGAAAUAGAAACGGAUCAUGUGCAGUUAAGUACAUCAAAGCAACGAUUUUCCAUCUGCAUCGUAAAAAUCCUCAGAUGUCGAGGGCCCUUUCCGGCAUGUGGCUGGAGCGUGUGGAAGCGCGCUGGCGACGUUCGCUCGGGCGCGCUUCCCGGAUCAGUUUAGCAUUGAUUCUUUCACCACCUGGAUCUUAGUGGGAAUGGCGAGUGGGGUAGGCUGCUCGUUUUCGAACCCAAUCGCGGGUGGAGUCUACGCCAUUGAAACCUUAGUGCAUAUGGACAUGCGAAAAUUGAACGGUUGCUUCAUUUUGGUCGGGAUAGCCGCUAUCAGUGCGGGUUUUAGUGCCAAUUUGCUCACAGAGUAUCUCGGAGAGAACGUGCGAACGCACUACCAGUACGCGUGGCACAGUCUUGCAAUCCCCAUGCCCACUGAUUUCACGCUCGGUGCGAAGAUCCUAGGUUUCGUAGUGGGUGUGGGGUCUGGGUUUAUCAGUUUCGCGUUCUCCACAUGUGUGAACCAUGUGCAUUUGUGGUGUUUAGAGCGGCCCGGGUGGAAUCUAUGCAGUCAGUGGCGUAGAGGAGAAGAAGAGACGGGAAAGGUUGACCCCACUGAACAGCAACUGAGGGAGAAGAUAAGACGAGAGUUCUUCAAUGUGGGGACGUACGCUUCUUGGACAGGGUACGAUCCAGUCCCGGCUAAAAGACCGGCUCUUCAUAGUGGAGAUAGCGAUUCAGAUAUGUCGUCGACUACAUCUUCAUCCGGCGAGCCUGGCGGCGGUGUUAUCACAAAACUCUUGUCCUGUUCCUGUUUGUGCACUAGAAGGUGUAGGAGAGCUUGCUCAAGGCAUAUAAUUGCCAGGGUCUGGGAACCGAUUAGAAGCCGUAUAGACACGUUCUGCAUUUACCUGUGGGGACCACUCAUUGGUUUCCCAGUAGGUCUCUUCACAAGUGGCGUCGCAGCACUGGCUGUGUAUAUCACGACCGUGCAGCUUUCAUCUGGCGGACGGGGGUCUACUGGAGGUGUUGCGCCGCUGUUGACGUUCCCAGGCUUGUUUGGUGGUUACGACGUGGUGUCGCAUAUUUUAACGCGAUAUAGUUGUCCUGAAUGGGCUCUGAUUGAAAAGGACUUGUCGGAAGCCGCCCUAAAUGCCCAAGUAGCCGCACAACAGCGAGAGUUUUUCUCGAGUGGCGGCACGACAAUGAUCGCCGCCUGGUCCAGCACAGAGGGUGCGGCAGGAAACAAUUAUCAGUUGCUCACAGUGAACGGCAUGGCGCAGAGCUCUGAGACGUGUCUCGAAGUCGGCGACUACGCUAUAGUCUUCGUGGCGUUUUUCGUGAAUAUGGUGCUCGCAACCGGCAUAGGGGGAUCCGGAGGAACCAUGCUGCCCUCCAUAGUACUCGGUGCAGCCUACGGCGGCUUCGUCAUGACAGUGUUGGAGCACAUCUUUCCCGCAGAAGCGGAUAGCCUUAGAAUAUGCACGAUUCUAGGGAUGGUAGGCGUUUUUGCGAGCAUAAACAAUCGGAUGCCGGUCACGGGUGUUUUGGUGAUCUACUUUGUAUCCGGCUUGGGUAAGGUUGGCUUCGUCGUCAAUUUUACAGCGCCGCUGCUGCUAUGUGGUACUUUUUACUUGUGUAUGGUUCUGGUAUUUGGUAACCUGAAUUUGAUCCUAAGGGUUCUCUUCUUGUUUUCCCUUAGGAUCGAACUCAGGUUACCAAAUACCAGAACCAAUCAACUUGACGAUUCUUGCAUACUUAGUUAAACGAAUUUCACAUUGUCAAGAAAUUCUUUUACUUGAUGAUUCUUGCGUUCUGAAACUACUUAAUUUCACAUGUUGAUUGUCAAGAUGAAUACAAAAGAGUUAGAGUUGUAGUGUCAAAGAUGAAAAAACAGUAGUUAAUAUUUCCAUCCUUGUUCCUCAAAGUUAGAGUACUGGCAGGCGUGUCUGACUCAGGCAUUGGCUUGUUGCACUACCCCUUCUUUCUCUCGCCCUCGAUAUGAACUACUUUUGCGGGUCCAAUUACUUCGAAAAGCUGAUUCCGAUAAGCUAAUCUCUCACUUUCCACCAGCCAUGGUCUCUGUGCUAGUGAGCACCUUUCUCGAGGAUCGGGAUUGGCACGUCAUGUGGAUGGGCAGUGAGGGUCUCGACGCGGACCUCGUUUGGCGCGACGGCAGCAGUGCCGUUUUAGGUGCCAAGCGCGCGUUAGAGAGUUCUCACGAUUGGAGCUAUCUUGGAGCUGUGGCUGAAGCACGUGAGCAGGAGAGUCGUCGCGACAUUACGCGUAAGGUUUUCCACUUUAUUCGGGCUGGGGAAACGACCAAGCUGCACACGCUCUUGAUCACGAAGAAGAUCGAUCCCUCAGACAUAAUAUUCGAUGAGAGCUGCCAGGCGACCGCAACGGCGGACGCAGCAAGGCUGGCAGCGCAUAUGAACAUGCUGACGGGGGGCGGCGCAGGGCCUUCGACAGGAUUAAGCGAUUCCACUGCGAGCGCGGUGAUGAAAAGGGCGAUGACAAGAGCUGGGACAGCGGCUUUGAUGCUAGAGGGCACGAAAACGCCGGCUGGAGAAAAGAUAAAGAGAACGCUCACCAGUGCGUAUUUGAAGGCACAGCAGAAGGCAUUAGCGGUUUGGCGCAUAGGAACUAGCGGAGUCGUAAAACGAGGAUCUGCUUAUGACGGAGAGCUCUCACCCGGAUCUAGCGCGUCGAGGAACAGGAGCGGAAGUCGACUUACCCCCUUAGGCUACGCGUGUAAGCUGCGACACGAGGGCAUAGUACAUUUGCUACUGCAGAAAAAGUGCGCGGCAGGUUUGGAAAGCGAGUGCGAGAGUCCAAUGACAAUCGCUGUGCGGAACCAUCUGACAGAAUCUGUGGCCAGACUACUAGCCUACGGCGCCAGGGUAGAUGACAGUGAUGCGCUGAUAGAAGCGUGUCAGGUCUACGCAGUAGAUGCGCUUGCGCAGAUCCUUGAUGCCAGUGCUCAGGCCUACACGAUGUUUCGAGGGGUCGAGUACUCUGAACGCGAACGUUUGGCCAACGAGAACGAGCGCGCAAACAGGGAGAAAGAAUCUUCUAAAGACCAAGAUAACGAGGCUGGUCCCAGUGGAGUUUCGAGCAAGCAGUUGCCUACACCUACUAGCCAUAGUUCCAACUCAGUGCGGAGUAGGCAGUUAGCAGCUUCGACCGAUCCAGGAGGCUUAAAGGCAAGACUUGAGAGUUGUUAUGGGGUAGAUUUCCUCAGUGGAGGUGGUUGCCGCGAUUCGUCUCAAUCUGUAGCUGCCGAUGACGUACCAAGUAUUGAAAACGGCGACAGCAGUCGAAAGGUGAAUGGAAUCUUCAGCUUCCCGAAGAGCUGGACUACGGAAGCGAAGGAACAAAAAAAAGUUCAUAGGCAUACUCCUACCUCUCCUGGAAUGGUAGACUUAGCUGGCGUUCAUUUAGGCAUACGGAACCCCACAGGCUUGAUGAAAGCACCAAAGCGCAUGAGUGAGGAUGAGGCGUUUGAGAUCGCGUCGCCAUCUUCAUCAAGAGGAGACGAUGCCGACGAUGAUCGUAGGAGAAAACUUGGAAAUAACAAUAAGGGGGAUGGCACGUAUAGCAAUAGUCUGGCCGAAAUCAAGGAAUUGGUGCAAAUGCGAGCAGAUGAGUUAGCAUUAGUCCCUGCGAGACCCUCUGAUAGCAACCUCGGUAGGCAAAACAGUGGCAGCAUUAACGGUACGGGCCCUUCUAGUGGCAAUUUAGAGUUUGACCCCUUGAUAACGGUUCUUGUAGCGAAGUACAAUCUCCCUACGGACAUCUUGUACAUCGUGAAGAGUCAUAGUGACCAGGAACAGAGCGAUAUUAGGGAUAUGCUGCAAGCUGCCGUUGCGAAGCUCGAUGCUAAAGACUUCCGCGAGAAGGAGGACGAGAACGCCAUGGUGUCUAGCAUGAGCUUAGCCGCGUCUACUUUCAACAACAGCCAUACGUCGGGCUGCAUCCCCCGAUUACCCCUGCAUUUGUAUCUCGUGAAACAUCGGAACGCCAAGGCCUUGAAGGACUUCCAACAACUGCCAGAAGCGCCGGUCUCGAUUGGCGACGCGGCUAAGACUUUGAGGUGGUACUUUGAGGAGCAGAUCGGGGGGGACGAGUACGAGGAGAUCUACGUUAAGAGCGGACGGGAGGAAAAGCUCUUGAAAGAAUUGAAAGAACUGAAAUGCGCUCUCGUUUGGAAAGGCGACUUCCUGUGUCGCGUAGCGAGGUCCGCACGGCUCGAAAUCAGGGCGCCGCCACCGGAUUCGGCGUCUUCAGGUGCUAGCGCAAGAGCCAUUCCCGAUGUGCACGUCAAUGGGCACGCCAAAGGCAUGGUGAUCAUGGAGCGCGUGCCCCUCUUAGACCCACCCGAGUUCGCGCGCCGUGGCCGCGGAAGUAUGCUGGACGAUCCAACAGGAGGUUCUGGCAAUCCAGUAGACUUUGGAGCCUUCGCUGCUGGAAUGAAUAGGGACAUGGGGUUUGCAUUUGCUCAGAAAGAUACUUCUAAGCAAGGUGGUGGAGUAGGAAGCUCUUUCGACGAGAAGAGAAAAGUAGCCGGCUUUGGUGCUGCUUUGUCAUCGCAUUUCUUGUUCGGGCAAGCAAAGAAGAAAGGAGGUCCUGGAGGAGAGCCAACGGGAAACUGGAAACAUUCCAAAAAUCGUCGUUCUACUUCAUCUGGCCAUUUAGAUGACGUAUUAGCAUCAGGGGAGGGGCGAGUUGGCGGUAUAAGAGUAGAACAUGGUGACAGCGGCUCAAUGGCUACUAGGGCCCGUCGGAUGUCCUUUGCCAAGCAGGGAGGUCGAUUGGGCGGGAGUAGUGGCGGGAGUAGCGCGUUUGUAGACACUGGUCUGCAAGGGGAGCUGGAGGGAAUAGACCUUGACGGGGACAAUGCGGCUAACCAUUUCCUGACGAAUGGGACAACGGGAGGGGGCAACCCAAAUGCAAGUCUCGCUUCGAUCUUUGCUCAUGCAGCUGUCAAAGGCGGGAAGAACAGAAAUGGGGACCCCUAUGGCAGCGACGGGGCAGAAGAGUAUGAUGGGACGGGAGAGUUGUCUAUCGGAUCUGACCAGAUGCUGGUGGAGGGAAAAACUUAUCACUGGCAGCCACCAGAGGUGAGUGUGCCACCUCGUUGCACCGACGAAGAAGUGCUGCGUCGUGUAUUGAAACGGCUCGACUUACAGCAUCUGGGCCACAACAAUGCGGCGCUGGUCGAGCUCUUUGGGUCGAGUGGCCGCGUGGACUCAGUCAAGGAGUACAUUUUUCCGACGAAAGUUCCGGAGUCAAUAGAUUUUCAACACGAUAUCAUUCUCGAAGACUCAGACGAUGAAACUGAAAGCGAGGAAGAAGACGAGGCAGGAAAGAAAAAGAAGAGGAAAACCUCUGAAGACGGGGCAGAGGAUGAUGAUCAGAAGGGAGGUGCAAGCAGUAAAAAGACCACUGGGAGCAAAGGCACAUCAGGUUCCAAGGAGUCAAAAAACGCGAGUGACCCAAGUCUAGGUGGUAAGUUUGUUUUCAGUCGGGCUAAGACUUUCACCAGUUACGGCAAUUUGGACGAAGCUGCGAUUCCUAAAGUAACGCCUUUAUACGACAUGGACGCUAUUAGAAAAGCCGAGAAGUGCAACAAUCGGAAGAAUCGCGUCACUCGCAAAUCCCUUAGCGAUAGACAGCCUGUUUGGGCUAUGCCUCCAGCACCGUUGACUGCGGAAACUCGACUUCAGACUCUGGCGCAAAUCACCCACGGCUACCCGGCGAACCUGCAUAGGCAGUCCCAGGUAGACGCGGCGAACGACGGUGCAGAAACACCACCUGAAGGUCAAAGCGGCGACACUCCGAAAGCAUUCUUAGGGGUGUCCAUGCUGGCAGGUGUCACGCCGACUCCGGCCUGGGCAGCGACAAUGAAGAAUUCACCUAAAAACUCUGGUGGUGAGGGGAACAGGCUACAGCAUAUAAAUACCAUAGACGGUACUGGGCGAUCCAGCUCUCCAUCGGGAAAUGGACGAAAUGCGACUUCUGGUGUUGCGCCAAGAAAAAGCUCGGCGGACGAUGUGAGUGGCCCUAGCUUGAGUAACGGACCUACAUCAGCAGGACCUACACCAAUGACAGGGAAAGAUAAGCGAGGCAGCUUUGUUUCCUCAAGCAAUGUCAUCUCUGGGUCCACGCUUACCAUUGAAUCUAGCUCCACAACCGGAAAACAGGGUCCUAGGGAGAACAAGAACAGGAGCAAUAACAAGGACCUACUACUUCAGGAAGAGGAUGAUGAGGGCAUCCAAGUCGACGAUGGCACUGCUGGAGUCUCUGUCCUUUCCAAUUCCACCACAGACCAGGAAAAAGCGUGGAAAAGUUCGCUGAAUCCUGAAAGAGACCUCAAAGCCGAGGUUGCAAUCGAGCGAGAAUUCCCAGGUUUGCCUUUGAUCAAAAUCGUGGACACCUACGUUUUCCCGAUGAAGGUGACGAGCAGUAGCCCAGUCGUGUCCGCAGACCUCGGAUUGCCCUUGUUGGAGCCCUUUUUGAAGAAAGGCGUUUUGUUUGAUUGGCGUAGAGAUCAGAGAGUGCAACCAGCAGCGUUUUCGUUGGGUGUGACGACCAUAGCCAAGGAUCGUGGAGCGCGAGUGGGACUUUCGUUCUCCGCGAUCGAUCCGCAUGGGGUCGCACCAGGAGAACAGGCGCCCAGCGUGUCCCUCGCUGCACCCCCGCCCACGACUGGAGCUGCAGGCCUGACGCAUAGCAGCAGCGGGGACAAAAUCGCUUCUACGGUAGACCCCGUCUCGUCGUCCGAUUUCAGUACGAUCCGACCGACCCUCUCUUCCGGAGCAGUCGUCAUAUCUGCUACUGGCAAGAACUCCACCUCCUAA